AUGGAGGCGCAAUGUUUCUGUCUGUCCUCAGUAACGGUGCUCCAUGUUUGCUUACAGAACGACGUGGCUGCACUUCUGAAACCAAUAUCGGAAAAGAUUCAGGAGAUCCAGACUUUCAGAGAGAGGAACCGGGGGAGUACGAUGUUUAAUCAUCUCUCAGCCGUCAGCGAAAGCAUUCCCGCCCUUGGGUGGAUAGCCGUGUCCCCCAAACCUGGUCCUUAUGUCAAGGAGAUGAACGACGCGGCCACCUUUUACACUAACAGGGUCUUAAAGGAUUACAAACACAGUGAUCUACGUCAUGUGGAUUGGGUGAAGUCAUAUCUGAACAUUUGGAGUGAGCUUCAAGCAUACAUCAAGGAACACCACACCACAGGCCUUACUUGGAGCAAAACAGGUCCGGUCGCAUCAACUGCAUCAGCAUUGUCUGUCCUCUCCCUUGGGCCUGGGCUUCCUCCACCCCCACCUCCCCCGCCUCCUCCAGGGCCACCUCUGCUUUUUGAGAGCGAGGGCAUAAAAGAAGCAUCCUCUCCUUCACGCUCAGCUUUAUUUGCACAACUUAACCAAGGGGAGGCAAUUACAAAAGGACUCCGGCAUGUUACAGAUGAACAGAAGACAUACAAGAAUCCCAACCUACGGGCUCAUGGAGGACAAUCUCCAUCUCCUACCAAAAGCCACACUCCAGGCCCCAAGUCUCCCCAGUCUCAUCCUCCUAAGAAACAUGCUCCUGUGUUAGAGCUAGAAGGGAAGAAAUGGAGAGUGGAAUACCAAGAGGACAGGAAUGACCUUGUGAUUUCAGAGACUGAACUGAGACAGGUGGCAUACAUUUUCAAGUGCGGCAAGUCUACUCUGCAGAUAAAAGGGAAAAUAAAUUCCAUUAUAAUUGACAACUGUAAGAAGUUUGGCCUGGUGUUUGACAAUGUGGUGGGCAUUGUGGAAGUGAUCAACUCCAAGGACAUCCAAAUGCAGGUAAUGGGGAAAGUGCCAACAAUUUCCAUUAAUAAGACAGAAGGCUGCCACAUAUACCUCAGUGAAGAUGCGUUAGACUGUGAGAUUGUGAGUGCCAAGUCAUCUGAAAUGAAUAUACUUAUCCCUCAGGAUGGUGAUUAUAGAGAAUUUCCUGUUCCUGAACAGUUCAAGACAGCCUGGGAUGGAGCCAAGCUAAUCACUGAACCUACAGAAAUCAUGGUUUCCGAGAGACCACCAAAGCCCCUGACCUGAAUCCCCCCCCAACAUGAAAAAACAAACAAAAGAAGCAGCAUUAAGGACCCAGAAGUUGCAGUAUCGCCUCUGCUUUAGUUUUGGCCUCCGACAAUUCUGUGCUGCAGAAACCGCGUCAUUUCCGGCACGCCUCUGAGGGCUUUUUGAAAUAUUUAGCAUCUCUUCAUGAUUUGCCUUUGUGUGUGAUUUGAGUUCCACAUGAUGACUUGUGAGCAUUACAUACUUAAAGGGAAAAAAAGAGAAUUCUGUUCCCCUCGUAUCAUUUUCCCAGUAGCUGAGAGGUAACGGUGCUGCGUGACUCACUGUUACACCUGCGUUUAAUUGCUAGUUGAAAAAUAAAACCUUUGAGACUCUAAGAUGUACAUUUUUAUCUUUUAGACAAUUUCCAUAUAUAUAGUAGUAGUAUACUCUAAAAAGCUACAAUUUCUGUUUUCUUAUUUUUACCACCUUUAUCAGCAUGAAUACACUGUCAGCCUGAAUACAUAUUUGUUUUAAAAACAUAAAGUUCCAUACUAAGAACCAUAUCCAGUUUCUUGGUCCUUGAAAAGACCUGUAUUCUUUACAGUUACCAAAAACCUAAAGUAAACUCUAAUGAUUCAUCUUAAAUAUUUUUCUGCCAUGUCACUUGGGAAACUUUUACUUCUCUGCAUAAAGAUUUUUAUGCAAAAACAUUGAUAGGAAGAAGCAGGGUUUUUUUGGUUUUUUGGUUUUUUUUUUGCUCUCUAAUACCUCAGAAUUUUGCUCUAGGAACAAGCUCAGUGGUUGUUUUCCAAUUUUGAACCUGUGAAAUAUCAGAUGCCUUGAAAGUGAUGUCUUUAAUGUUUUAUUAUAGACUUUCUUCUUUUCCACUUGCCAGACUUGCUAACCAGUCUCAAAAAUGAAAAUAAAAAAGCCAUAGUUAUAUUACAACUUCUAAAAUCUAAAAAAUUGUUUGUUGGCUUGGCUUGCUGCUCCUGUUUUGUGUUAUUGAUAGUACAUGCUUUUUCCAUAGAAGAGUAACUCUGAUAAUCCUUUAUCUUUUUAGUACCUAAUGCUGAAAGCCUGCAACUUCUUGGAUCACUUGUAGUGAAUUCUAGUAUAAUGCUUGCAGACCCAAGACAAGCAUAUAUAUUGUGCCUAUUACAGCCUUUGGAAUACAUCAUUUCUGUUUUUUAAAUGUCUUCUAUAACCAUAUAGUACUCAAAUUACUAAUGCUCGUGUACCACAGUUUUGCUAUAAAACUUUUUGUCCAAUGAAUAAUGUUGUGGCUUUAGUAAAUAUCUCUUUUUCAACAGUAAACUUAUUCUGAAAUAAAGUAAAAUUCUAAUUGUUUAAAUACUGUGAUGAAUUCAGGGUGUUCAAAUUUUUUUCCUCUUUGAUUUGCCCUUUGCUCGUAUGUCAGCUUUAGGAAAGAGAGCUGAGUCUUUCUAGUUGAAUCAGAGAAUUUGUCCAGCAUAGCAUCAGCUUCCCUGAAGAAUAGCUUCUUCUAAACAUCAGAUAAAGCCAAAUGUAGUUGGAAGGACUGUCAGAAAUUUUUAGAAUCAAGUGUUUUUUUUAAAUUGAAGUAUAGUUGAUUUGCACUAUUGCAUUCGUUUCAAGUGUACAGCGUAGUGAUUCAGUUAAUAUUUUUUGCAGAUUAUAUUCCAUUACAGAUUAUUACAAAAUAUUGACUAUAAUUCCCUAUCCUAUACAAUAAAUCCUCAUUGCUCACCUGUU